AUGGCUUCGGUCAUUUUCUUGAUUCUAACCAUUCUUUCAAGAACUUCGAGAGCAACCUCUCAUGGUGGUAGGCUCUUUGAAGCUUCUGCUGUUGAGAAACAUGAGCAAUGGAUGUCUCGAUUCCAUCGCGUUUACUCUCACGAUGCUGAGAAAGCGAGUAGGUUUGAGAUCUUUAAGAAGAACUUAAAGUUCGUUGAGAGCUUCAACAUGAAUACGAACAAGACUUACAAGUUGGAUGUCAACAAGUUCUCUGAUCUCACCGACGAGGAGUUUAAGGCGAGGUACAUGGGGCUGGUGGUGCCUGAAGGUACUUCAUCACUUGAUUCUUACAAAACGGUGUCAUUUAGACAUGAAAAUGUCAGUGAAACCGGGGAGAGCAUGGACUGGAGACAGGAAGGGGCCGUUACACCCGUUAAGAACCAAGGCCAAUGUGGAUGUUGUUGGGCAUUCUCGGCAGUGGCCGCAGUAGAAGGCAUUACGAAGAUUACGAAGAUUACGAAAGGAGAGCUCGUAUCGCUGUCCGAACAACAACUGUUGGAUUGCGACAAAGAAAACAACGGAUGUGGCGGAGGGUACAUGUGGAAUGUGUUCGGCUACAUUAUAAAAACCCAAGGAAUCACCACAGAGGAUAGCUAUCCUUACCAUGCAUCAAAACAAACCUGUUACUCAACUCGUUCCGUUGCUGCAACCAUCAGGGCUUACGAGAUGGUUCCUCAAAAUGAUGAGGAAGCAUUGCUAAAAGCAGUGUCUCAACAGCCUGUUUCAGUUGGGCUAGACGGGUCAGGACCUGCGUUUAAGCAAUAUUCUGGCGGGAUAUUCGACGGAGAGUACUGCGGGACGGAGCAGAGUCAUGCAGUAACCAUUGUUGGUUAUGGUACGAGUGAAGAAGGGAUUAAGUAUUGGUUGUUGAAGAACUCAUGGGGAGAACAAUGGGGAGAAAAUGGUUACAUGAGAAUCAAAAGAGAUGUAGAUGCACCUGAAGGAGUGUGUGGUUUGGCCCAAUACCCUGUCUAUCCACUUUCUUGA